GAAGAGAUUCUUCCACUACCGCUUUUUCCUUCCUUUUCUUUCCUCCUCUCUCUCUCUCUCUCUCUCUCUGAAUUCAGAUUUAGUUAUGCAUUGUUUUCUUCAUCAGUGAAUAGUGCUAUUUCUUUCUCCCAAAACACUAUCAGAAGAAGAAAUAUGGCAAAACUUUUCUGUGUGGUCUUUACAAUAGGACUUGUUUACACCAACUAUGUUCAUGCCAUAUAUCCCUUGAACCAAACUCAACAACUCUCUUUAUCGGACUUGGACUUGGAGGAGGAGAAAGCUCAUGAACAUGACCAUGAAGCAUUCUAUUCAUCAUCCUAUCUUGGAGGAAAUGCAAAUCUUCUCCUUGUAGGACUCACCCUUAUCCAUAAUGCAGCUGCUAAAGGAGCAGUGUGCUUGGAUGGAACAUUACCAGGUUUCCAUUUCCAUCCUGGAUAUGGUUCAGGAGCUAACAGUUGGCUUGUUAAUUUAGAGGGAGGUGGAUGGUGUAACAAUGUUAGAACAUGCGUUUAUCGCAAGAAAACACGGCGUGGAUCAUCGCUAUUCAUGGAAAAAGAGAUACCAUUCACAGGAAUACUUAGUAAUAAACCUGAAGAAAAUCCAGAUUUUUUCAAUUGGAAUAGAGUAAAGCUUCGUUAUUGUGAUGGUGGCUCAUUCGCUGGAGACGGUGAAGAUGAGGCUGCACAGCUGCAAUUCAGAGGACAGCGUAUUUGGGCAGCGGCGAUGGAAGAUUUGAUGACAAAGGGAAUGCGUUUAGCUGACCAAGCACUUCUUUCCGGAUGUUCUGCGGGCGGCCUAGCUACUAUAAUUCACUGCGAUGAAUUUCGAGGCCUUUUUCCGAGGACUACUAAAGUGAAGUGUCUAAGCGAUGCAGGGCUGUUUCUUGAUUCGAUUGAUAUAUCCGGGGAGCGUACCCUCAGGAAUAUGUACAACGGUGUUGUAGGUAUGCAAGGAGCGCGGAAGAAUCUACCGCAAAUUUGUACUAAUCGUCUUGAUCCAACCUCGUGCUUCUUCCCUCAGAAUUUGAUUGCCAGUGUUAGAACACCACUUUUUCUUCUUAAUACGGCUUAUGAUUCAUGGCAGAUCCAAUCAAGUUUAGCUCCGCCAUCAGCCGAUCCUCAUGGCUAUUGGCAUGAUUGUAGAUUAAACCAUGCUAAAUGCACUAGGCCCCAAAUUCAAUUUCUUCAAGGAUUCAGGAACCACAUGUUGAAUUCUAUUAAAGAUUUCUCGAGAUCAAACAAGAAUGGAUUGUUUAUCAAUUCGUGUUUCGCUCACUGCCAAACCGAGAGACAGGAUACAUGGUUUUCAGACAAUUCUCCGGUUAUUGAGAACAAGGUGAUUGCUUUAGCGGUUGGAGACUGGUAUUUCGACAGGGCGGGUGUUAUGGUCAUUGAUUGUCCUUACCCCUGUGAUAAUUCAUGUCACAAUCUGGUUUUUGGUUAAAUUAAAGUUCAGACAUCAUCAUCAUCAAUAGAGGAUUAUGCUAUUCAAUUUAAGUUACUAAACAAAAAAUGAAAAAAUGUUGCUAAAAGUUAACUUCAUUGAUGAAAUUGAAAGUGGUUUUAACUAUUUGGAAAUGCUGAGAAAAAUUCUCUUAUAAUGUAUUCAGUUAUAGGAUUUGAUCUAAUAUCAAAAGUUAGAUUGUUA